UAAAAUCAAGCCAGUGUAGCGCUGAACCUUUUGGUAUCGCUCUUUUGUUGUCCCGUUGCGCGUGGUGGCAGAAAACGUGGUAACAGACGGACAAACCAUAGAUAAUGAUCCUAAUCGUCACCAAUAUAGUACAUAUGUAAAGCUGUGGUGAGCGGAGCUAUAUACCAUGGGCAUUUUCGGGUAAAAAGAAAGACAUUGGGGCUGGCUUCUCAAGCAAUGAAGCCACAUGUUUCUAUGCUAUUUUGAAAAUGAUGGAUGCUACAUGUAUAUGUAACUGAUGAAACGGAAUGCAAUCUGCUGUGUUGCUGAUCGCGCACCUGACCUAGACGACAGACUUUUUCAGAGAGCUCAUAGUAUGAAGUAUGCAUGUUCCCUUCACCUCACUGUUCUGAGAUUACGUUUUGCACACGUGUUUGCUAGCAUUGCGUAUGUACAUAUAGUGUGUGUACCUCUUUUUGCAGGUCUACUGUGGCUCCAUGUUGUAAUAACUUGUCCACCACCUCCACAUGUCCAUUCUGAGAUGCAACCAUCAGUG